AUGUCGUCAAAUAAUACGAUGGCACUGAUUGAAAAGCUGACUGGAAGGGAAAACUAUCCUACGUGGAGAUUUGCAGUGCAAACAUAUCUCGAACACGAAGAAUUAUGGAGUUGUGUCACCGCGAAAGACAAUGAAACAAUUGAUCCCAAACUUGAUACAAAAGCUAAGUCAAAAAUUAUCUUAUUAGUACAUCCAAUCAAUUAUGUACAUAUACAAGAAGCCAAAACAGCCAAGGAAGUUUGGAAUAAUUUAGCCAAAGCUUUCGAUGACACGGGUUUGACACGCCGAAUCUUGCAAAAAGCAUUAAGCGAAGGUAUAUCCAGGGGUUACGUUCGUCCUUUGUCUCGAGUGACGUAUGCUGCCGAAGAGGUAUCCCGGGCCUUCCAGCUGCUUGUAACUAGACAACAUCGUGGUCGAGUGCUGCUGAGAAUUGAUGGAUUCCAACCGUCGAUCAAACAUAGAAUACAAUGCAAUCCAGAUGUUUGUUAUGUGAUAUUUUCUACACAAUGCACGUUUGGGAUACAAUUGGCGGAUAGGUUGAUAGAGCGUGGUGCAAGAAAUUUGCUUCUACAUUAUGAUUCGUUUCCAGGAUACCUUCCAUGUAAAAUACAAUUAUGGAAAAGUCAAGGUGUUCAAGUACAAACCUCUUGUGAAAAUAUUAAUAACAUGGACCAAAUUCUUACAGUGUUAAAUAACGCAGCUAGCUUAGGAAAGGUUGAUGGAAUUAUUAUUGAUGAACUACAAAUGUGUGAAAAAAAACAGAUUCUUAAAAACCUAGAACUCGCAUCAAAAGAACUGUUCCCGUCACUCAGGUUCUUCAUGGUAAUAACUGAUGAUCAUUUGAAAACCGAAAUAUGUUUGCCAAGAAAUAAUGACGGAUACCCAGCUACUAUACUUCACCUCGGUGCUUUGAGAAAGGACCGCGAUAUAUCGUCUUCCCAAAUUAAUCGUCUGUGUGUGGAAGCUGUAGAGGCUGCCUUGUGCUCCGGAGAAUAUGUAGUGAUUGCAGCUCCGCAUGUUAUUCCUCGAAAACCGCUCGUACAACAACUAUGCAGUAUCGCUGGUUUAGAAAUGUCAGAGGAUUCUAAAGACACAACGACUCUUCGCGAGCUGGGUGUCGUAGCUGAGAGAAUGCCAAAUAUAACAAACUAUUUACGGGACUAUCAUAACAUCACGUUGAUUGACAGUGAUGUGUCUUCUCUAACAUUGCAAAGAAUUAACGAGAUAGAGGACGCUAUUGUUGCGCCUGGUUAUAGUACUAAGAAUGGGUUGGAAGCGUUCUACUCAUAUGUAGAUCCAGACGAACUGCUAGCCACAACUGAAAUGGUGUUCAUGCCGACACUCACCAGUAGCGCGACCAUGCGUGAUGAUGAGUUCGACGUGAGAGUGACAUCGCUGUGUAUCGUCCCGGGUCUGGAGGGACACCACGGGCGGUUCCGAGCUUUGUGCGAGCGACUCAAGCUGCCCGCGCUCGUGCUGCAACCCGGGCUGGACAAGCUGGACGAGACCAUACAGCAAACAGCACGACGAUAUGCCAAUUCUCUGCUAAGAAAAUCGGCGAUCAAAAAUAAUUUCUACAUUUUGGGAUAUGAAACUGGUAUAUUUGUUGCGUUAGAACUCGCGGCUAUUCUGGAAGAACACGGUAUGACGGGUACAUUGUUUUUGUUGGGAGGAUCACCAAAUGAUGUGUUGAAUGAGAUAGAAUAUCAAUUGCAAAGAUUUAAAACAGAAAAGCUCCGAGAGGCUGUGGCAAGGCACAUGCUUAAAAUUAUGGCCCGUGAACACUUUAAGGAAGUAGAGAACGCAUUUUCGAAACGUACUCUGUGGAUUGACCGAGUGGAUGCGGGAGUGCGAACGCUGUUGGGUCACGUGUCCCACUCGGCGCAGUACGCGCGCGCACAGAUCGAGGCGGCGUGCGCGCGGCUCGUCUACGCGCGGCGCUACGGCGGCCCGGCGGCGCCCCUGCGCUCCCGGCUGGUGCUGCUGCGCUCUCCGCUCACCGCGCGCUCCGCUCCGCCAGAAUGGCAGCGGCUGUCGCGGGGAGGGGUCACCGAAUACAACUUGCUGGCGCCGUUACCGCAUGCCACCAUGGACAUGCGUUGCGCUACCAUCAUCAACAAAUAUCUGGACGAUGAUAUUUUAGACCAAUUCGAUAAGAAGAAUUUGUGUGAAACUUACCUUCUAAAUGCGGAUACUUUCAUGUCUGACUCAGUAAUGCAGGAAAAGUAA